AUGGAACCUGUUAAAUCAAUAAAAUCAAAUAAAUCAAUCCAAGAAAAUAAUGGAGAUGAUUUAAAAUCUAAAGAAAAUGAUUUAGAAAAACAAGUUUCCAAUCAAGAAUACGAAACUAUUUCAACUGAUGAAUCUAAUGGUCCAAAAAAAUUUUCAUGGCCAUGGAUUAAAUCAAGAAUUCCUUAUUAUAGACUCAUUUGUCAUUUAAUUAUUGGUUCAUUUUUCACCGGUUGGUGGUUAUCAAUCAUCAUUCAAGAUAAACAUAGACAUCAAUGGUUAAUUCCAACUGUUUUAUGGGGGAUGAUUAUGCUUAGAUUAAUCACUUUCCACUGGAAAGUUUUACAUCAAUUAUUAUAUGUCGCAUCAAUCCCAUGGAACUAUUCUACUAACAUUAUUUACAAUAAAUUAUUACCUCAAAGAUACCAAAGAUUACUUGCCGGUGCUGCUAUUACCGUUGCUGUUAUUUUAUUAGGUACUUUUGUUCCAACUGAAACUCCUUACUCAAGAAGAGAAGACAGAGCUGUUUCACUCUUUGGUGUUAUUGUAGCUAUUUUUGGUUUAUGGGCCACUUCCAGAACUAGAUCUAAGAUUAAUUGGAAUACCGUUAUUGGUGGUAUGUUAAUGCAAUUCAUUAUUGCUUUAUUCGUUUUAAGAACUAAAGCUGGUUACGAUAUCUUUAAUUUCAUCAGUACCUUAGCUAGAGAAUUAUUGAGUUUUGCUAAAGAUGGGGUUGCUUUCUUAACUUCAACUGAUGUUUCUCAAUUAGGUAUGUUCUUCUUCAGUGUUUUACCAGCUGUUGCUUUCUUCAUUGCAUUCGUUCAUAUUUGGUUUUAUUUUGGUGUUAUUCAAUGGGCUAUUGGUAAAUUUGCUUACUUCUUUUUCUGGACUUUGAGAGUCAGUGGAGCUGAAGCUAUUGUUACUGCUGCUUCUCCGUUCAUUGGUCAAGGUGAAAGUGCUAUCUUAAUUAAAGAUUUAUUACCUUAUUUAACUAAAGCUGAAAUUCAUCAAGUUAUGUGUGCCGGUUUUGCUACCAUUUCUGGUUCAGUUUUAGUUGGUUACAUUGGUUUAGGUCUUAAUGCUCAAGCUUUAGUUUCUUCAUGUGUUAUGUCAAUUCCUUGUUCUUUAGCUGUUUCUAAAUUAAGAUACCCAGAAACUGAAGAACCUUUAACUUCAGGUAAAAUUUUCAUGCCAAAAGUUGAUGAAGGUGAUCAUGAACCUCAAAAUGUUUUACAAGCUUUUGCUAAUGGUGCUACUUUAGGUUUAAGAAUUGCUGGUACUUUAAUGAUUCAAUGUUUGUGUAUUAUUGGGAUUGUGGCUUUAAUUAAUGGUCUUUUAACUUGGUUUGGUAACUUCUGGAACAUCAACCAAUUAAGUUUAGAAUUAAUCUUUUCUUACUUAUUAUAUCCUGUUGGUUUCUUAUUGGGUACUCCAAGAAAUGAAAUCUUACAAGUUUCAAGAUUAAUUGCCAUCAAAACUACCCAAAAUGAAUUCGUUGCUUAUAACCAAUUAGUUAACAUUUCUCCUUAUAAAGAUAUGAGUGAUAGAGGUACUUUAAUUGCCACUUAUGCUUUAUGUGGAUUUGCUAAUUUUGGUUCAGUCGGUAUUACCAUUGGGGUCUUAAAUGCCAUUUGUCCAGGUAGAGGUAAAGAUAUUUCAGCUGCUAUUGGUUCAGCCUUCCUUUGUGGUGCUGUCUCUACUUUAAUCUCCGCUGCUAUUGCUGGUAUGGUUAUCCAUGAUUUAGAUGGUUUCAUCACCAGACAUUAA